GUUUCUGAGAGCGUGGGAUACAGAUAGACGGUCGUUUUCUCCUCCGCCAACGCACGUUGGGCAACGCGACUUCGAGACAGAUCCGUUGAGCAACCGCCGUCGACUCGUGCCGCCCUCACUCUGCCCGCGGUUACACAACGCGAUGAGUACAUAGGCGUUUCCCCUCUCCACCUCACAUACGGCGCUUUGGACAUGUGCAUGCCUGUUGACCACGGCGACGCCACGAUCAUUUCGUACGCAGAGAUCUUCGCAGCAACGCCGGUACAACCGAUUCUGCCGACACGACCACCGUACCAACGUCACCGCCGACUUCGACAUCAGCGACCGAUACCGUCACUUGCAUUAGUUGUGGUACCGGAAUCGUCAGCAUCGGCGCCGGAAGACAACGCUACGAUUGUUGCUAACGUACCGAAGCGGACAGAAAGAACUUUGCGUUGCACGUGCCACGGCACAUCGGAGGCCAUGCGAUUGGGCGUGAAACCGCACGUGACGGCCACCGACGACGUAACGUUGUCSGUCCGACUGUUCAUCGCACUAUCCAUCACUAUCCUGGCAUCCAAACUGAUUGCCGACACAAUGUACUCGACUGGCGUGGACGGUUCAUUGAUCGAAAAACCACGGUCGUAUAGGGCCAAAAGACAGUUGCCGCCAAUCGAGCAGGGCAACAUGGUGAUCGACAGCAUAUUUCAGAUUCCUAUCAAUACGCUUAGCGCCGUCGGGACGCUAAUUAAGACYGCCAGACCUCUGGUGCGCAGGACCCGCGAACGCAUUCAACAAUAUUACACUGGCUACCAGCAGCAAUACAACAACGGUCAGCAGCAGUACGGCAAUGGUCAGCAGCAGUACGGCAACGGUUUGCAGCAAUACAGCAACGGCCAAUUGUACUACACCAGCGGCCAGAAGCGCUACAGCAUUGGCCGGCUGAACUCCAACACCGACCAGAAAUCACGUCAGGACAACGGAGGAGAAGAGUUAGUUAACCGGCCAAAGCGAACGCAAAUGACUUAUCGGAACAGAUACGAUCAGCCCGACUACUGGAUGAGACACCUAUACAAAUCCAAAGUUUACUGAUUGUUUCAAGCGAUUUGUAACGAAAUACUAUGAGUUCCGUUACGAAUUAGUGCUUAGAUAUUCAGAUAUAGUGAUCCUCAAUAUUAUUGAAUUGCUCGCUGGCUCAUAAAUGUGUACAUUUUGUAUAUCUUCCAUUGAAAAAUUCAAAUUCAACUUUUUAGAUUUAUUUAAUCUACAUAAAUUUCAUGGUAUGGUGAUGUACACACCUACAAUGUUAUACCGUUUAUAAAUAUGUACAUUAGACAUUUAUUUGA